AUGUUGUCAAGAGAUCGUCUUGGUUGUGUAUGGACGGCCAAGAUUGUCUUGCUAUUCUCUUUGUCGAGUUUGAGCUUCAUUGCCGUUAAUCAUGCCCAGCUUGAUAAUCACGGCUUUAUAAGCAUUGACUGUGGAUAUACUGAAAGUCCGAAGUACACAGAUGACAAGACAGGCAUAACAUAUGUGGCUGAUUUGGGUUUCACAGACGCAGGGUUGAUCCACCCUGUGUACCCGGAGAACAUGCAGCCUGAUCUUGCUGCUAGGUACAAUAACAUACGCUACUUCCCCAACGGGACACGCAAUUGCUACACGAUAAGGUCCCUAACACCUGGUGCCAAGUACCUAGUGAGGGCUAUCUUUGGCUAUGGGAACUAUGAUACACUAAACAAGCUCCCUAUAUUUGAUCUCUAUCUUGGGGUCAACUACUGGACCACAGUGAGGAUCGUCAAUUCAAGUACAGCAUACAUAUCUGAGACGAUCUCUGUGUCCCCUGCUAACUACAUGCAAGUCUGUUUGGUCAACAAAGGGUCUGGAACUCCUUUCAUUGCCGGGCUUGACUUGAGGUUUCUGCAGCCAAAUCUUUAUCCCAAUUCCACUGAGACGCAAUCUCUAGUUUUGCUCAGUUUUUUCCGUACCACCGUUAGUUUUGGGUCUAAUCGCUACCACUUUGGAACUGACCUUCGUCACAUUAGGUUCCCAGAUGACCGCUAUGACAGGAUAUGGCAGAGGUAUGAAGAAGUUCCUACCUGGACAAUAGUGCCUGAUGCUAUCAGUGGGAACGUCACGAACGCUCCAAAUGACACCUAUGAUGCACCAUCUGCAGUAAUGCGUAGUGUAUCCACUUUGGUGAAUUCAUCAACAAUGGAUCUAUAUUGGAAUUUGGAUGGAUCUAUGAGUGUUGAUUUCAAUGAUAAGUACUUCGUUGUGCUCUAUUUUGCUGAGGUGGAGACUUUACAGCAGAACGAGUUUCGGCAGUUCGAUGUGCUACUGGAUAAUACCACAUUAGCUAAUGGUUUCAGGCCAGAGCAAAUGACGACUACAGUUCUUACAGGCACUGUGCAAGGAUCAGGAAGUCAUAGCAUAUCCCUUGUGCCAGAUUUAAACUCCAAGCCACCAUUGAUUAGCGGGAUGGAGAUAUUCUUGGUUCGACCCCUGAAUGAAUCUGCCACUGACUCUGGAGAUGCAACUGCAAUGAUGACCAUCCAGACAAAGUUUUCCGUUAAGAGAAACUGGGCAGGAGAUCCCUGUUCCCCCAUAGCUUUUGCGUGGGUUGGCUUGAACUGUAGCUACACUCCCAGUGCUCCAUCGAGAAUAACUGCCUUAUAUAUGUCAUCUAGCGGAUUAAUCGGUGAAAUUGAUCCAUCCUUCGGUCAACUAACAUUGCUCCAGCACUUGGAUCUGUCUCACAACAAUCUGACUGGACCAAUACCUGAUUUUCUAGGUCAACUGCCAUCACUUUCAUUUCUGGAUUUGUCCAGCAACAACCUCCGUGGAUCAAUACCUAAUAAUCUGCUACAAAGAUCUCAGAUAGGAGUGCUGACACUAAGGGUUGACAACAAUCCAAACCUAUGUACAAAUCAUAAUUGUGACCCCAUUCGAAACCCGAGGAAGCGCAAGGCAAUACUUAUAGCUGAGAUUAUGGCUCCAGUUGCUGGAGCUAUUAUCAUUGUUGCUGUAGUUCUACUCAUCAUUUGGCAUAAAACAAAGAAAAGACAAGGUGGGGCUCGUGCUUCUAAUCCAUUCGAGAGCCGAAGAUUCAAGUACAAGGAACUCAGAGUCAUCACAGAUGACUUUAAAAACAUAAUUGGAAAGGGUGGGUUUGGCUUUGUCUACAGUGGCAAGCUGGAGGAUGGAACUCCUGUUGCUGUCAAGAUGAGGUCUCAAACAUCGUCACAAGGGAAUACAGAGUUUUUGGCUGAGGCCCGGCACUUAGCCAAGGCUCAUCACAAAAAUCUGGUGACCUUAAUUGGCUAUUGCAAGGAUCGGAAACAUUUAGGUCUUGUUUAUGAAUACAUGGGUGGUGGAAACCUAGAGAACUGGCUGAAAGGCAAGGAAGGUUGUCAUGCUGAAUUCAACCUAACUUGGCUACAACGCCUUAAGAUUGCGUUGGACUCUGCCUAUGGACUGGAAUACUUGCACAAGUCAUGCAGCCCUCCUUUAAUACACAGAGAUGUGAAGACCCAAAACAUCCUUCUAACUUCAAACCUGGAGGCAAAGAUAGCUGAUUUUGGGUUGACAAGGGCUUUCAGUAGCGAAACAAAGACACACACUACCACCCGUCCAGCGGGUACUCUUGGAUACUUAGACCCUGAAUAUUAUAACACCUCACAUUUGAGCGAGAAGAGCGAUGUUUUCAGCUUUGGCGUUGUUCUCUUGGUGCUCAUCACUGGCCGUCCAGCUAUCAUCACUGUGAACAACACUGAAAGAACCAACCUUGCGCAUUGGGUGCGGGGGAGACUCUCUGAAGGAGAUAUCGAGAAUGUUACUGACCCAAGGAUAAAGGGGAAUUUUGAUGUCAACUCCCUAUGGACGGUUGCGGAAUUGGCUCUUCGUUGCACAGAGCAGGCAGGAAAGGACCGCCCCACAAUGUCUGAGGUUGCGGAGGGAUUAAGGGAGAGCCUGCAACUGGAGACCUUGUCACACUCCAAGAGGAGUGGUUCAAUUGGGACCAAUGGUUCAGCGCUCACUGAAACUGAAUCUGUUGGUGCGCUGGAGUCAGAACAGAUUGAAGAAACUCUACCCCGGUGA